AUGUCCAACUUAACUUGUGAUGCUCUGGAACGAGAUAUUUUUAAAAACGCGAUGCACUGGAAUGAGUCUACCUUCGUGAAGCCAUUUGUUGGUGUGAGAAUUGCGGAGAUCCAGUCUACCUGGAGCUUCGGUCAUUGGAGAUUUGUGCCCACAAAGCUCAACCCAGCAGAUGAUCUGAGCCGUGGUUUGAGACCACAUGAGAUGAAUGGGAGAUGGAUCAACGGUCCAGAUUUCCUUAGAAAACCCAGAGAAGAGUGGCCAACAGUGACGAAGGUAGUCCCGCCUGAAGAUGACGUUGAGCGCAAGAAACCUCGUCCAGUCUGUGCAACUGUAAAGGUUGUUCCGCCGAUUGACGUCAAGAGAUUUUCGAAUUGGGGAAAGCUCACCCGAGUGACGGCUUACGUUCUCCGAUUCGUGCACAACCUCAACUGCGGGAGAAAAGCAAUAGAGAGAAAGUCAGGACCUCUAAACCCGGAGGAGAUGGAGCGGGCAAGGCUGUACACCAUCAAGUCCGUACAAAGACAGCUCGAGAAUUGGAGACAACUGAAGGAUCUAGCACCCUUCAGCGACGAUCAAGGGAUUAUCCGUGUUGGUGGUAGACUGAGACAUGCACCACUGACUUACGAUCAGAAGCAUCCAAUCUUGUUACCAGCGUCGAGUCACGUAUCCAAGCUGGUAAUGGGAGAUGGCCAUGAGAAGAUGUCACACCCUGGGUCGGAACGUACCCUUUGUGAAUCGAGACGAAGAUAUUGGAUCUUGAAAGGAAGAAGUCUAGCCAGAGAGACCGUGAAGAAUUGCGUGAUCUGUCGAAUUCUUCGUCAACCUCCGCACACCACACUGAUGGGCAAUCUUCCAGUCGAUAGGUUGAAGUUGUUUGCGCCGCCGUACUCGACUACCGGUGUCGAUCUGUUCGGUCCUUUUCUUUUGAAAUGUGGUCGUAACAAGUCCGUCAAAGCUUGGGGCGCGAUCUUUACCUGUGCUACAGUCCGCGCAGUGCAUCUCGAGAUUGUAGAAACUUUGUCUACGACAUCUUUUCUUCAUGCGUUGCGGAGAUUCGUCGCGCAUCAUGGUUGGCCUUCGACGAUCAUCUCAGACAAUGGGACAAACUUUGGGGGCGCAGAAAAGGAAUUAAGAAAGCUAGUCAUCGAGGGUCGGAAGCAAAUCGAAGAUUUUGCUGUUCUGCACCACGUGAAAUGGAGAUUCAUCACUCCAUUGAGCCCUCACCAAGGAGGAUUUUAUGAGAGUCUGAUCAAACAAGUAAAAGGUAGCUUGCGAGUCGCUAUUGGUCAACAGCUGCUUACAUGGAAUGAGAUGUCCACCGCCUUCGCUGAAGUCCAGAGCCUUGUCAACUCCAGACCGAUCGGUUAUUCGUCUAAUGAUCCGAAUGACCUCCAGCCGCUCACUCCGAACCACUUCUUAAUCGGGCGCGCCUCGACUGCGAUUCCUCAAGGUCCCUUUGAGGCUGAAAGUUUCAAGGUGGUAGAUGAAAGGCUUCCCUACCUGCUGACCAGUAACAAUGCUGAAAAAGGGUAA